AUAACUGUGGCCUCCAUCAUUGAGGAGUCUUCCUGACAAGUUGAGCCAAGAUGGCAGAGGGGAAGCGAGGAGGUGACUCCGCGGACGAGCCAGCCCCAAAAGCCUGAGGCCUUACCCGAGGAGGCGCUUUCUUGUGCGGCCGUGCUCUCCCCUCUCCUGGCGGCUGCCUGGCUGGCUCACCUGCUCACUCCCAGUGGAACUACCCUGUUAGCUCGCUAGUUAGCCUGCUAGCGAGACCCGAGCUGUGGUGCGCGUCGCCGAGGCGUGUACAGCCAGCGACGCUGGAGAACGACUCGGUUGGAUUUACUCCAGCCAUCGGAAGCUUUUUGGGCUUAAAGUGGCGGAGCUGUGGCUUCUUAUCUUCUUUUCCUUGUCGGAGCGUCCCGCCGAUUUAGCAGCGCUCGCCCCAGAUAGCCUGAUGUGUCACACGAGCUAGCCAGCGCUUGCGUGUUGUUGUUGUCACCGCCAAGGUGGACGCUGUCACCCGCACGACCUGUGCGACCGUGUCGGGGGUCGUGUGGUCCCCACCGUGACCAAACCAAGCCACCAUUUGGAUGCCGAGAGCAAGGGGCUCCAUGCCGGGGGAGAGAAGCCUGCAGAGAAGAAGAUAGGAGACGCCACUGCUCAAGUGCUGCACACUUUGUUUGACUUCCUCCUCAGGACUCAGAAUAAAUAAAAAAGACAAGAUGAAGAAGUUUUCCAGAAUGCCGAAGUCUGAGAGCGGGGUGCUCGUGGGGGCGUCCGGGUCUGGCUCGGGGCUCAGCAGCUACGUCGGGAAAGUGUUCGCGGUCGGCCGAUAUCAAGUCACCGUGGAGGAGCUGGUAGCCGAGGGAGGCUUCUCAGUGGUCUUCCUGGCUCGUACACACAGCGGCGUCCGCUGCGCUCUCAAGAGGAUGUAUGUCAACAAUGUCCCAGACCUGAACGUCCACAAGCGGGAGAUCACCAUCAUGAAAGAGCUGUCGGGCCAUAAGAACGUCGUGGGCUACCUGGACUCGGCCGUCAAUACCGUGUCAGACAGCGUGUGGGAAGUCCUCAUCCUCAUGGAGUACUGCAAAGCGGGCCAGGUGGUGAAGCAGAUGAACCAGCGGCUGAACGUGGGCUUCAGCGAGGCCGAAGUCCUGCACAUCUUCUGUGACACGUGCGAGGCGGUGGCGCGGCUGCACCAGUGCAAGACCCCCAUCAUCCACAGAGACCUCAAGGUGGAGAACAUCCUCCUGAACGACCAGGGCAGCUACGUGCUGUGCGACUUCGGCAGCGCCACUCACAAGGUUCUGCAGCCGCAUAAAGACGGCGUGACCGCCGUGGAGGACGAGAUCAAGAAGUACACCACCCUCUCGUACCGGGCGCCAGAGAUGAUUAACUUGUACGCAGGGAAAGCCAUCACCACUAAAGCUGAUAUAUGGGCGCUGGGAUGCUUGUUGUACAAGCUGUGUUUCUUCACGCUUCCAUUCGGGGAGAGUCAGGUUGCCAUAUGCGACGGAACCUUCAUCGUUCCGGAUAACUCCAAAUUCUCCCUCAAGCUGCACUGCUUAAUCAGAUAUAUGCUCGAACCAGAUCAGGAGAAGAGACCAGACAUUUACCAAGUGUCCUACUUUGCCUUCAAGUUUGCAGGAAGGGAUUGUCCUGUGCCAAAUAUCUUUAGCUCUGCCAUCCCCACGUCGUUACCUGAGCCCCUGACGGCCAGCGAGGUGGCAGCUAAGAAAAGCAUGACGAAAGCAAGGAUACGAGACUCGGUGGGCCCGACAGAGACCUCCAUCGCCCCCAGACAGAGGCCCAAGGCGGCAAACAGCAACGUCCUGCCGCUGGCCACCGUCACGCCUGUCAAGAUGACCGUGCCUUCUGCGCCCGUCAGCAAUGGUCAGAAAGGGCCCACGCCUGUUUCGGGACAGCCUCCCGUGCAGCCGCAGCCCGGUAGUCAGCAGCACCGCGUCCUGCAGCAGCUGCAGCCAGGUGACCUGCGCCUGCAGCAGCUGCACCACCAACAGCAGCAGCAAGCACUGCAGCAGCAACACGCCAAUGCACAGCAACUCCAAUACCUCCAGUACCAACAGGCUGUGCAGCAGUCCAUCCAGCUGCAGCAGCAGCAGCAGCAAAUGAUGAUGCAGUCCAUGUACCAGCAGCGAGCCGCUCAGGCUGCUCAGGCCCAGUACGCCGCCAUGCUGCACCAGUACCAACAGGCCUUCGUUCAGCAGCAGCAGCAGCAGCAGCAGCAGCAGCAGCAGCAGCAGCAGCAGCAGCAGCAGCAGCAGCAGCAGCAGCAGCAGCAGCAGCAUCUCCCCCACUACAUGUCCUCCCCCUUGGAGUUCCAGGUGCCUCUGGGCUCCUACAAUGCAACCACUCCCACUGCCGGGCCGGGCCAGAUGGGGGCGCCCUCGCCUGCAGACCCCUCUUACGCCCACCCCAGAACCCCCCUGCUGGCCUCCGAUGGCGUCACCCCUCCCUCCCAAAGCGGCGGUACGGUCAGUCACCCCCCCGACAUGUCCCGCUGGAACCCCUUUGGAGAGGACAACUUCUCUAAGCUGACCGAGGAGGAGCUGAUCGACCGGGAGUUCGACCUGCUCAGAGCAAAAAAGCCGGUGGAGAGAAGCGCCAGCCUGGAGGCGGACCGCCUGCCACCCGCCUCCUCCCAGCCCCUCCCGACCGAGGACCUGUUUGGCUCGGUGCCGUUCGUGGCCAGCGCAGGUUCUGACUUGGCGGUGGGCGAUCAGGUGGCCGAAGAAGUCGUCGUCAUUCCUGCUCCUGUGGAUCAGCCAGCAGCUAAGGAGCACAAACCAGGAAGGAAGAGCACCUGCAGGCCGGGCGAAGACUCGGACAGCGACUUCGAGUCCGACCCUCCUUCGCCUAAAAGCAGCGAGGAUGAGGAGCCGGAGGAGGAUGAAGGCCUCAACAGUGAGCACGGCGAAGACACCGAGCCCGAGAAUUUAGGACAAAGACCGCUACUGAUGGAGUCCGAGGACGAAGAGGAUGAAGAAAAGCACAGCUCGGAUUCCGACUGCGACCGCCGCAAAGUCAAGAACGUCUCCAAGAAGGAUGCUAGCUCCAGGCGCAGUCGUCAGGACCGGUCUGAUCCGGAGUCACUCAGCGGAGUUAAAGCCUCGUCCGCUGUGGACGUUUUUGGAGCGGUUCCCUUCCUCGGCGACGACUCGCCUGUCAGACCGUCAGACAGCACGGACAUCUUUGCCCGAGCACCUUUCAGGCAAGUCAGCCUGGAGCAGCAAGCUGCUGACGACUUUGACGUCUUCACCAAAGCUCCGUUCAGUCGCAAUCUGUCCAAGUCCAGCAGGAGCGGGACUGACAACCCCACGGGACAAAGCCCACCCACUUCGCCCGAAGGCAUUGACAUUUUUGGCUUCUCUCCCUUCCAGCCGGGCCCCGCCGGUCCACUUCCGACCACUUCCAGAAGCGCGGAAGACAUCUUCCGGCCGUCUUUCGAGGACUCGCAGAGUCCUCAGCAGCAGCGGCUGAAGCAACGCAGCCUGCAAAAGCUGUCAUCCCGCCAGAGGAAGACCAAGCAAGAGCCCACGGCCGGCGGCGGCAGCAACGGCAAGCGGCACCACGGAACACCGACCGGAGGACGCAAAACCGGCAAACCCACGUUCCGCACGCCUGAGAAAGUCCGCAGACACAAGAAGGUUGGCCGGCGAGACUCGCAAAGCAGCAACGAGUUCCUCAGCGCCUCGGACUCCAAAGAGAACAUCAGCGUGGACAUGACCAUUGCUGAAGGGAAGGACAACGGCGCCUCGCUGCAAGCGGACGAGCUCCUGGAUCCGUUUGGAGCCAAACCUUUCCAUCCUCAGGACGGCGGCAGGAGCGACUUGUCCUGGGAAUGUAAAACCAUGGACGAUUUUGGGGCGGUGCCUUUCACAGAACUGGUGAUCCAAGGCGGACCUCAGCAGCAGGCGCUGCCGCCGGCGUCGCAGCACGGGGAGCUGGACCCGUUUGGCGCCGCACCUUUUCCCUCCAAGCAGUGACUCGCUUGUCUUGCGUCAUCACCGGUUGCUGGAAAGCUCCCUGAGCUAGUUUCCGGUUUGGGUUCAAUGCAUCGCGGAAUAGACCACUUCAAGCCUGCGGAAGGACUUUAAGAGUCGGCGUACGGCUGAGCUGUUUUUAUGCUGCAUCUUGACAAACGUUAGCAAACUGUGAUUCCCACGUGCGACUGUUCCACUAGAGUCUGCCUUCUGACCGACCAGUACGUUUUCAUUUAGCACCGCAAAGCCUUAUGGGAGCGCGCCUCCGCCUCGCUGCACAGAACCUCGGAAACCUCGGCACAAUCCGCGGUGUCGCGGGCGGCGCUCGUUCGGGAGUCGUUAACCACUUUUUGUUUUACUCUUCUUGUCCGAGCUUUUUCUCUAUGCAUGUCGUCCCGCUACUUUUUUCUUUUACAUUUUUACUCUGGGAAGACCGGAAGGGAUUUAUUGUUCUUCCUCGAGUCAGAUCUGUGAAUGGGACGACUUAACACUUCUAACAUCUGUUCAAAAAAAAUAAUAAUUUCAACACUUUCUGCUAGCAUGGUAGCGAGCUGUACCACUGUUUUCUCACAAGUGCUCUGACUGGACAGGAGAAUCAUUUGGGCUGAUGGAUUUUGAAGAUCAUUGUUUGCAACACACACUUCCACCCCGUGGGAAAUGCUUGAGUUCAAAUACAUUAUUUGACAAAUGUGA